AUGGCGCACACGGCCGUGGCCACACGAACAGCAGACGUGGUUGUGUUCACCACGCCCGGCUGUCCUUACUGCAAGAGAGCCAAGGAUGCUCUGCACGAGCGCGGGUUCGCAUACAGCGAGGUGGAUGUGUCCGCGGACCAGCGUCUGCGUGCCACUCUGAACGAGGCGACAGGGCUGCGCACGGUGCCGCAGAUCUACGUCGGCAGCACCCACAUUGGCGGCAGCGACGCGCUGCUGCCUCAGCUCGAGGACGGACGUUUCAACCGGCUGCUGGAGACUGCGUCGGGGCGCCUGCCGGAGCAGCUGAGCAGGGCCGUGGAGCAAGCUGAGGAGGUUGCCCAGCAAGCGGCUGCGUCAAAACCGCAGGCAGCGGGCGCUGAGGCCGCCCCUCCAGAGCUGAAGUCUCUCGCCGCAGCCCUGGCCGACCCGGCGAAGGGCGUGCUGGCCACCACGGUCGGCAACGGCAGCAGCAGCAGCAGGGAAAGGUCAAAAACCUUCUCCGGCAGCCAGCUGCUGCGGUGGCUGGAGGGCAGCGGCGGAGACAAGGCUGAUGAGACGGCGGCGCAGCUGCUGGCCUCCAACCUGGUGACACUUGUUUCGCCCGCGCAGCCGACGCCUGUGCAGGCUGCGGCCGUGCGGCCGGAUGCAUGCUACCGGCUGCUGUCAGAUGCGCCGCGCAGCAUCCAGUGGGGGGAGCCCCUCAACACCCACUACUGGUGGGGCCCCUCCCCCGCGCGCCCGGCUGAGGUGGUGGCCGAGGACCUGCGAGCGCGGAUCCUGGGGCUGUAUGACAAGCACCUGUCGGCAGACGGCCGCACCGUGGGCUACGGCGCGAUGCGGCGCGACCCCGCGUUCUGGAGCUACGUGGACGCCACCGCUGAGCUGCAGAGGGUUGACCUGUCCCCCCUGAGCCGCGACGCCCUGAGUGCCUUUGCCAUCAACACCUACAACGCGCUCAUCAUCCACGCGCUGGUGGUGCACGGCACUGCCAAGUACGCCACCACCAUCGGCCGCGCCCAGUUCUUCCAAAAGGCCGCGCGCUACAACAUUGGGGGCUGCGAGUACACGGCGGAUGACCUGGAGAACGGCAUUCUGCGCGGCAACAGGCCCGCGGCCUCCUCCCUGGGCAUGCUGCUGGGCGUCCCAAAGCUCAGCAGCGGGCCCUUUGGCAGGGGCGACCCGCGCGCCGCCAAGGUGGUGGACCCUGUUGACGCGCGCAUCCACUUUGCCCUGGUGUGUGGCGCCAAGUCGUGCCCCCCCAUCAAGCUCUACAGCGCGGCCAACCUGGACGAGGGCCUGGGGGCCGCAGCGGAGGCCUUCUGUGCUGGGGACGUCCAGGUGGACGUCGCUCGCAGGGUGGUGACUCUCAGCAAGAUAUUCAAUUGGUACGCCCCAGACUUUGGCGCCUCCAAAGCCGACCGCCUGCGCUGGCUGCUGCCCUUCCUGCCGUCUGACAAGCGGGCAGCGCUGGAGACGCUGCUGGCCGCUGACCCGAGAGCCGCACGCAUAUCUGUGCGCCACAGCGAGUACGACUGGAGCCUCAACGGGGAUGAGUGA